CACAGAUCAAUGAACGGAGCUGAGCAGGCGGGUUGGGUAAUCGAACUUAAGGACGGUCGUGGGAUGGAUGUAUGAUUACUGGGGUUUUUUUUCUCUGUGUGCGGACGACUCAAAGUUGGAUAAGAACAUCGAUAGGUCUCUAUGUUUUAUAGGAUCAAAUAUACAACUUUACUACCUUCCUGUCCCUUGGAUAUUGACACUUAACGAGCGCGAAUAACAACUGACAGUAAAUCAUCUUUGCGGCGGCGCAUCGAGUUCGAGGAUGAUUUUUGCGAAUUCUGGCAACCCGCUGAGAAAUACAUAUCGUAAACAGCCCCCCGUUGGCCCGUCGUCUCAGCCCAUGGCUCCCCCGAGCCCCGGAACCAACAGCAGCACCAAUCAGAGCAGCAGCAGCAGUACGGCAGGCUGGGAGCAGCUCAGCAAAACCAACCUGUACAUCCGGGGCUUGCCCCCAGCAACUACCGACCAUGACCUGGUCAAACUCUGCCAGCCUUACGGGAAAAUCGUAUCGACGAAGGCCAUCCUGGAUAAGACGACAAACAAAUGCAAAGGUUAUGGCUUUGUGGACUUUGACAGCCCCGCUGCUGCACAGAAAGCCGUUAAUGCUCUGAAAAGCAAUGGUGUGCAAGCACAGAUGGCAAAGCAACAGGAGCAGGAUCCCACGAACCUGUACAUUUCCAAUUUGCCGCUGUCGAUGGAUGAGCAGGAGCUGGAGACCAUGCUGAAGCCCUUUGGGCAGGUCGUCUCCACACGCAUCCUGCGAGAUGCUAAUGGUGCAAGCAGAGGGGUUGGAUUUGCGAGGAUGGAGUCGACAGAGAAGUGUGACGCUGUAAUUUCUCACUUCAAUGGAAAGUUUCUCAAGAUGCCAGCUGGAGUAAUGGCCCCUACUGAGCCGCUGCUGUGUAAGUUUGCAGACGGAGGGCAGAAAAAACGACAGAGCCAAAAUAAAUAUGUGCCUAAUGGACGAGCAUGGGCCAGAGAGGGAGAAGCCAGACUUGCUGGAAUGACGCUCACAUACGACCCAACUGCUGCAGCUAUGCAGAACGGGUUCUAUUCCCCUUACAGCAUUACCAACCGAAUGAUCGCCCAACCUGCCAUGUCACCCUACAUCUCCCCAGUGUCCACAUACCCGGCACGUAUCAAUGCGGUGCAGACGCCGUCCUGGGUCACCCACCAGCCGUAUAUUAUGCAGCAUCCGGGAGCUGUAAUAUCGCCCUCUAUGGAUCCCUCCAUGUCGCUGCAGCCAACAUCCAUGAUGAGCCCACUCACUCAGCAAAUGAGCCACCUCUCUUUGGGCAGUACAGGAGCGUUCAUGCCAGCUAAUGCAGCAUUACAGGGCGCAUACAUCCCUCAGUACACUCCUAUGCAGCCUGCUGCAGUGGAGGAGAAUAGCUCACAGCCUCAGGUGGAGUCGAGCGGAGAUCACUCUCCCUACGCCUACCAACAAACCAAGUGAUGAAGAGGUUCCUCAGCACUCAGGAGACUGAGAGGAGCGACAGCUUCAACAAUCAUGCUUCCUCUGUUGGACUAAGCUCAACCGUUCGAUCGACGUUUGAAACGAUGAGUUUUCUCUGUUUUUAAAAACAACUACCCAGACUAUUUUUGGUAUAAGUUCUAUGAGGUGCAAAUAAAAUCUUGAUUUCAUCAGAGGAUGCUAGCUAUCUAAGAAGAACAUGAAAAUGGGGGAAAAAAAAGUUUUAUUUUAAUAAAAAGAAUGUUUAUUUUUACCAAGGAAUUGUCACAUGAGUGCAAGACCUCAAAGGAUCAUGUGACCAGAUGUACAUGGUAGCAGGUGUCCAUUGUUGAUAUUUUUUAUGAUUUCGUGUGCGCGCGCGUGAGAGAUUUGUUUUUUCCCUUAAUUUUUUCCCCUUUGUACUGAACUAGUUGUGUUGAUUGAAGAGAUUUAUUAGAAAGACGUCCUGAGAAAGAUGGUGGUUUUUUUUUUUUUUUGUGCUUGCAGUGUGUUGCUAUGGUGAAGUAUUACAUGUGUCCUCUUGUACAGUGUGUGUUUUUUCCAGUUGAUCUAGAAUGAUCUUUCUCUCCAUACAAUUUGCCUUAAGUUUGUUCCAUACAGCUGUACAUGUAGCCUCUAACUGAGGCUCAACCAGAGAAAGAGACGUUCGAAUCAGCUAUGGCCUUGUAAAUCAGCUGGAUAGGGCUUUUCGUAGGAUCUAGCUACUAAUGAAAUUCGGUUUGCCUCGUUUUAAGUGUUUCGCUUUUUACCGAUCUCCAUAGUGCUUUUUAGAAUAGAAACCAUGUUGAGUGAUGAAUAAUGUUGAUUUGAGUUUAAAUACGAUGUACUGUUUUUGUAAUCAGAGGGACAACACCUCUGGUUGGUUGAAUGUGGUUGAAAUUCUGCUGAAUUAUCACAUUUUAAAAAUGCCUUUUAAAAAAAAAAUCUUGCUGUUGUAGUCUAGCUGUGGGGAAAAUGGUGUGACCAAGUCUUUUCUUUUUUUCUUUUUUUU